AUGGGUUCAACAAGUUAUUUAUCGAAGCCCAAGUCUACCGGGUACAGAGUAAAAAGUGGCUCUAGUGUUGGUUCUGACAAGGAGAUGAACGGCAAAUUAAAGCGCUCCAAGAUAAGGAGGCCAAGCAAAAUGAAUGACUAUGGGGCCAAGAGAAUACCGGAUUACACCGAGCUGGCAUACAAAGAAGCUGUAUCAAAACUGAGAUAUUUUUUAUCUGGGAAUAGCGCGCCAAGUGUACGUAGUUAUGGAGGAUCAAUAUCCAUGAAGAAUUUAGAGGAGUCGGAUGGAGAUCUGGACAAGAAGUACACGAGUACGUACAGCACUUUCGGUGAAUACAAAACCCGGCCGCGUCUUACCGCAAAGUAUACAACUUUAUACGCCGACAGCUUAAGCAAUUAUACACCGCCUAAAGUCAGUAUUGCUCCUCAACCAACUGCCGCGUCAACAGCGGCCGAACUGACCGGAGGUACCAACCCUGACGUCAUCAACUUUAUACAGAAGCAGGAGGAGUAUAUUGAACAAUUGGAGCGCGAGAGUCAAUAUUGUAGAGAUGAGCUCAACAACCUCCUGGGGAAGGUGAAGGAGGUUAUAUCUGAGAACGAGCAUCUGCAUGAGGCUCAAAAGAACAAGAUCAUCUCCCGCAUGUUCCAGUACAACGCUGGCUCCGAGACCGACGAGUUGGACGAUGUAGGCGACAGCACAGGCCUCGAUAGUGAUAAUAAGGUAUCUCCGUCCAAAACACGUCGCGCCAAGUCUCGCACCACGAAAUUAGAAGGACCCAACAUCGUCUUCGAGUCCCGGAUCGCCGAAUUGGAAGCGCAACUGACGCAGGCUAAGAUAGACCUUAAGAAGGUCCAGGAUGAAAACAACGAAAACAAACGCAAACUUGCUUCUGGUCUCGUAGAUUCCACUUGCCUUGAUGGAUUUAAGAGGCAGAUUGAUAAUUUACAAAGAGAUAAAUCGUCCUUAGAAGCACAGAUCGCAAAACUGAAGUUGAAUUUAGAACAACAGGAGAUUGAUUUGGACGGUCGUUACAAGCGAAGCUCUGACGUGGUGGAGCACCAGCUGAGAGAGGAGAGAAACAACUUGGAGGCGGAAGUGCGACGGCUUAAGGAUGAUCUAGCUAAAGAGAGGAAUAAAAUCCGCGAACUAGCCGGCGAAGGUACGCGUCGAGCGAUACAAGAACGCAGCGCGGCGGAACAACGGUACAACGCGCAUUUCGACGAGUUGCAACACGAUUUGGCCGCGCAAUAUGACAACGUCGCCAAAUUACAGAAUACAAUGCAGAUGGAUCUAGAUCGGCAACGUCGUGAAGAGAGCGAUUUAAAACGAGAGCUUUCGAUGAAGAACGCUUACAUAGAAGAGCUAAAGAUGGAACUGAAAAAUAAAACAGCAUCACUUCAAGCAGACUUAGCUCAAGCGCACGCUGAGAAAGCUUCACUUGAAGAAGAACUAGCCAACGCUCGUCUGGCUAUGGAACGCCAGCAGAGGCAAGCCAAACACGAGACCAACCGACUCAACUCUGAGAUUCAGUCACUUCGUCAGCGUCUCGAUCGUGCCGAUGCGGAUUUGGUUCACUCGCGUCGUGAAAAUCUACGUCUGUCUGAACAAAUUUCUACAUUGGAAAAAGAGUUAAACAUGAAAAGUUUGACACCCAUAUCUCCGGAGAAGAAUAAGAAAGAGAAGGAGCUAUCAUCGAUGCUCGAGACCAUGGAAAAUAAGCAUGCUAAAACCGUGGCUGAGUUGGAGUCCAUGAUACAAUCACAAAACAGUCUGAUGGAGAAACUCACCGGUGAAUGUCGUUUGCUUACAGACAAGCUCGACGACGCAAACCGUAGGCACAAAGCGCAGAGUCGCAGCCGUGUAGACGAACCAAUCAGAACACAACGCGACCGUUCAAGAUCCCGCGAUCAGCCAGGGAACCGUCGUUCCAACAAGCACCGAUCCGGAAAAGAGUCCGAUUCGUCGAAUAAUUACCAACCGAUUGUUGUUGGCCCUUUGACGACAAAUCAGGAUCUCAAAGAUUUUCACGGAGAGAAAAUAUACAACCUACCGCUAAUGAUUCAACAGCCCUUUUUACGUGAGAAAAAGGAGCCAAUAAAAGUUGAUAUUAGUGUUAAGCUUAUACCUAAACCUAAAAAGAAAGAUAGAAAACGGCGUGAAUCACAGUUAGACGAAGCAGCAAAUACACCAAAUAAACCAGUUAAAAAUAACAUUAGUAUGAUAGUUACAAGUGAUGACAUUCAUGUUCUAAAUGAAACGGUAGAAAUGGCAAGAGAAGAUGACUUAUCACCGAAAGUGUCUGAUAAUAAAGAAGCACGACAAACAACGGACCAUAUUAAAGAAGAUAAUAGAGAAGUAUUAUCAACACCGAAUAUUGAUUUGAAUACACAUCAGAACGAUGAAUCCUCUGAUUCUAAAAGUAAUUUACCAGAAGAAAGUCCAUAUAGUAAAGAUGUAGCUAAUAAUGAAAUACCAAUAGAUUCUCAUCAAAAUGAAAACAAAGACGAAACGAAACAACCAACUGAGGAAUAA